CCUUGUCCUCCCCCUGCAGAGCGAGCCCGGGAUUACCUGCACAAGACCGGACGCUUCAUCGUCAUCGGUGGCAUCGUCUCGCCCGUGCAUGACUCCUAUGGGAAGACGGGUCUGGUCUCGAGCCGGCACCGCCUGACCAUGUGCCAGCUGGCUGUCCAGUCCUCUGACUGGAUCAGGGUGGACCCCUGGGAGUGCUACCAGGACACCUGGCAGACCACCUGCAGCGUGCUGGAGCACCACCGUGACCUGAUGAAGAGAGUGACUGGAUGCAUCCUCUCCAAUGUCAACACGCCCUCCAUCACCCCUGUGAUUGGCCAGCCCCAGAAUGAGUCCUCGCAGAACAUCUACCAGAAUAACAACAACGUCUCCAACAAGCCCACUGCAGCAAAGAUCCUGGGGAAGGUGGGAGAAAGCCUGAGCCGGAUUUGCUGUGUUCGCCCGCCCAUGGAACGCUUCACGUUUGUGGAUGAAAAUGCCAACCUGGGGACAGUGAUGCGAUAUGAGGAGAUUGAGCUUCGCAUCUUACUGCUCUGUGGCAGCGACCUGCUGGAGUCCUUCUGCAUCCCUGGUCUCUGGAACGAGGCGGAUAUGGAGGUGAUCGUCGGGGAGUUCGGGAUUGUGGUGGUGCCCCGCGAUGGAGCAGAUCCCGACCGGAUCAUGAACCACUCCUCCAUCCUCCGCAAGUACAAAAACAACAUCCUGGUGGUGAAGGAUGACUCAAACCACCCCAUGUCGGUCGUCAGCUCCACCAAAAGCAGACUGGCCCUGCAGCACGGGGAUGGACACGUUGUGGAUUACCUCUGCCAGCCUGUCAUCGACUACAUCCUCAAGAGCCAGCUGUACAUCAACGCCUCUGGCUAAGAGCCAGAGGCCUUGCAGCGAGACAGCCCUCGUGUCCCGCCUACCUGCAGCUCUCCAUCACUCUUUUUUCUCUCUCUCAGUCCGUGUCUCCAUCUCUCUCCCCAUCCCAUGGCCUCCUACCCGUGUCUGCCUCUCACCCCCGGCACCAACACUCCAUUGUGCAGCAAUGUCCAGGGAACAGUUUGGUCUCUUUUUUGGGGUACUGCCCUGCCCUGCACAUGUGGGGAGGGAGGAGGAACCGGUACAAGAGCAAUGUGCUCGGUGUGCUCAAGGGGAGGCUGCCCCGGCACCCCCUCCCAGCAUGUCCCUGGGAAAAGGCCCCCUAGUCCGUCCUCCCAGCAUGCUCAGAGCAGGGGCUACCUCUUCUGCAUCAUCUUACAGAACUUAAGCUCAAUAAAUCUAGGUGCAUUUUUUUUUAUUCAAUACUUUUAGUGCGAACCCUUUGAGCCUCUCGGCCCAGUGACCAACCAAACCCUGGUUGGCACCGGCUUGGUGCCUCAUGGCACGUGAGCCUCCCAGACCGGCAGUAGGACAGCCCAGCUAACCAAAUCCUCCUUCUGGUCCUGAAAAAUCAUGGAGAAGGGAGCAGAGGCCUUGGCAAUCAUCGCUGCCAAAGCAUUGCAGGGAGAAUGUCAUGUCUCACCUUCCCUUGGCUGCAAGAACUCAAGCCACUCUCUGGGUGACUUGAGUUGGGGUGAUGUUCUACUCCAACCCAUAGCACCUAGAAAGGGAUCUGCCACUUAUGGAGCCGAGAAAUGAGGUAGAAAGAAGCAGGUAGUGAGCCAAAACCUCUGGUGACAAUUUUCCCCAAAGCUGGUUGGGUCCAUCACCAUCCUCUGGCCUUCAGAUCACUAUUUCUGUCUAUAAACUUCCCCCUUCUCCCACCUCUCUGACUCUCUUCCUCUUCUUGAAGAGUUCAUUAAAUGCAUGAUACUUUCCCCCUCCCAAACCAGCUGUGGCUACUUCGCACAUCCCUCGGGACAUGCCAGGCUCCUGCUCUCCCACCUGUGACGUGCCUCCAGAUGCUGGGGAUGGAGCCUGGUGGAGACGUGCCAGGGCAGGUAACAGGGAGCAAUUACUGAAGCCUUGUGGAGAGGAGGGUUGCUGGAGCAGGCUCGUGUCCUGCUGAGCAUCUCUAGGGUGCAAGGACCCUGCACAGCUCCUGGGGAAGGUCAGAGCCACAAGGAGGAAGGUUUAUCCCUCACCUUCUGUUCUCCCUUUGCUCCAUCUAACCUUAUAUUGCUUCAGGUGGAGCCGUACAGUUGCCUGUAGCUGAGAGUCCUCCACGGUGUUUCAAGGAAAGAUGUGAAAUUUCCUUUACUUCAUCCCUUAAAAGUCCACAAAGUAGCUCUCAUUGAAGCUUCAAUUGGUGAGACUUUGCACUAAAUCUGACCUGCUGGGUGCUGCUGGCAUCCCU